UUCGUGAUAUAUUCAAGAAAUAUGUUAAAGGAAACUGGUUUAUGGAUUUACCACUUUUUUCUGAGUUUCUCCAUAUCUCAUUCGGACUUGUGGACGUUUUUUUCAUGGACAGAAUUUUCACGGCUGCUGAUGUCGACAAGGAUAAGCGAAUUGAUCUGGAAGAGUUUAUUAGAAUUGUCUUGAUCAUGCUCCGUGGAACAGUGGAUGCAAAAAUCAAAUUGUGUUUCACCUGUUAUGAUCUGAGUGAAAAUAAUGAGUUAACAAGAGAUGACAUAACAACAUUACUUCUCGAGGCUCUGAACGAGCCACCGACAAAGAACAAUAAUGCUGAUGCUUUACGAGAUCUUGUGGAAGCUGUAUUUUCUAAAAUGGAUUUAGAUGGGGAUGGUGUUAUUUCGUACGAAGAGUUCACAGCAGCGUGCUAUGAAGAUUACCUCAUUAUGCAGUCUUUUGGGCAAAUUUUACCAGAUCAUAGGGUACGUAAAUUAAAAAGUCUCAUCUGUUAUAUUGUUGAAUUCAGAAGUUUCAAAUAGACGAAAACUAGAUACUUACCACACCAUAAU